AUAUACAGUAUAUAUAUAUGUAUACAGUAUAAACUUAUACUGUAUUUAUUGAAUUUAUUUCUUUUUAAGUAUUUCUUUUAUUUUUUAAUUUGAUUUAGCCGGUUUUUUUUUUAUAAAAACAAGUUUAUUAUGAAUUCAAUCAUAAUUUUAAGUAUUUUACUCUUAAAUACAAUACUUUGCUAUGAUUUACCAACCGAAAAUGGGGAAGAUUUUCGUAAAAUUAAUAACGAUAAAUUGGAAAAGGAACCAUUCACUUUUGAUGAUAUGUUUGGUGGAAAAUACAGUCCUAAAUCAUACUCAAUCGCAUGGAUAGACGAAAAACGUUACAUUCGGAUGGACGAGAAUAGUACAGUUAGAAUUUAUGACGCCGACUCGAAUGGAAAUAGCAUUCUAUUUACUGGAUCACUAUUUGUUUGUAUUACAUUUCGCUCAAGGCCUAUUUUUUGACAUACUUUAGCCUAUGUACGAGAUUAUAAAGAUAUAGAAAAAAUUCCAGUCAAGUGUAUAAAAAGUACUAUAAAUAAGUAAUAAGAACGAUUAAGUUUGAAUAUGAAUUAUAUAAAAAUUAAAUCUUAUUAAUUAUAUAGUAAAUGUAUUCAUAAUACUUCUUUAUACUAUUAGCAAAAUAUACAGGCAAUAUGUAUUUAUUCAUUUUAUUUAUACAGAAUGAAAUUAGGGCAAGCUUUUAUAUGUUUUCAACCGACUUACAAUUUGUUCUAUUCGGUUAUGAGAGACGACAAUUGUGGAGACAUAGUUUCUUGGCUAAAUAUACUAUUUACGAUAGAACUAAUCAAGUAUUUAUACCAUUUCCCAAUGGUCAACUUCAAAAUGCAACAUUACAAAUGGCCGUCUGGUCCAGAUCUGGACAAAAAAUAAGUUUUGUCCAUGACAACGACCUCUAUGUGCAAAAUUCACCUUCGGAAGAUCCUAUAAGAUUAACUACUGAUGGAAAAAAAGAGAAAAUUUUCAAUGGUAUAGCAGAUUGGUUAUACGAAGAGGAAAUACUUUCAACUUAUUCGGCUCAUUACUGGUCUCCAUCGUCUGAUAGACUAGUCUAUGCUAGAUUUAAUGAUGAAGAUGUUCCGUUGUUCGAUUUUACCUUUUAUGGUCCUAAAGAGACUAUGUAUCCGGAAACUGUACAAAUUGCCUAUCCCAAAGCUGGAAAUUUGAAUGAAAGUCAAAAUACCAAAGUCGAAUUACGUGCUGUUCGUUUAAAUAAUCCCACCAAUCAUGUCACAUUAAAGCCGCCAAGCGAACUUGUGGGUAAAGAUCAUUAUUAUACGAGAAUCACUUGGUUCGACAAUGAUCUAUUAUACGUUGUUUGGGCAAAUAGAGUUCAGAAUAAAACUUUUGGUACUUUUUGCGACUCGAACACCGGAGAUUGCCAAACGGUUGAUAGAUUAGUCGUCGCUGAUGGAUGGAUAGACCCUGGUCAGACAAUACUAUUUACAGGAGAAGAGAAAACUUUCUUUACGAUAAGGGCUAACAAUGGAUAUCGCCAGAUUUUAUUUAUAAAUCCAGAUAUAAAUCAAUUCCAAUAUUUAACUGAUGACGAAUGCGAUAUUACUUCCCUUGUUUCCUAUGAUUCUACUCACAGAAAGCUAUAUUAUAUAACUACCAAUUUUGACCCGAAAAAGAGAUUUUUAUUUGUAUAUGAUUUAACAAGAUUUGAGAAGAAAUGUUUAACUUGCGAUAUAAAUUGUGGUUAUGCGUCAGCAUCGUUUAGUGGAGAUUCUUCCUAUUACUUGCAAGUUUGCUUAGGUCCAAGUGUACCAGAAUACAAACUAAGAAAAACAAAUGAUGAAGAUUUUACGAGGAUUCUUGAAGAUAAUACGGAAUUUAAGGAGAAACUUGAAAAGAAAAUUGUUCCUAAAAAAGAAUACUUAAAAGUUCCAAUUGGUGGUGGUUAUGAUGCAUGGGCUGAAAUAAUGAAACCACCUAAUAUGACUGAUGGCACCAAAUAUCCGGUUAUUGUCACAACUUACGGUGGACCUGGUAGUCAACGUGUAACCGAAAGAUUUUCAAUAGGCUGGGAACAUUAUUGGACUACAUCUCAAAACGUUGUUCAUAUUGCUUUAGACGGAAGAGGAACUAAUAAUAACGGGACCCAUUUUAUGCAUUUACUAUACAGAAAAGUGGGAACUUUAGAAGUAGAAGAUCAAAUUACAGGGGCAAAGUAUUUCCGUGAUACGUACGAAUUUAUUGAUGGAGAUAAAAUGGCCAUUUGGGGUUGGUCUUACGGUGGCUUUCUAACAUCUCAUACGAUGGCUAACAGCAAUUCUGCUUUUCAAUGCGGUAUUAUUGGUGCUGCUCUCUUCGACAGGAGAUAUUACGAUACUGCUCAUACGGAACGUUUUAUGGGAAUGGCAGGGCCGGAGGAUAAUCAAGACGGCUACGAAAGAACAAAUGUUAUGCGAAAAAUAGAUCUAAUGAAAGAUAAAAAGUUCCUUAUCAUACACGGCACUGCUGACGAUAACGUUCAUUUUCAAAGUUCGGCUCACAUGUUUAAAGCUCUUAAUGAGAAGGAAAUUCAAUAUCAAACAGCAAUAUAUACUGAUCUAAACCACUACUUUUUGAGAAGAUCAAGGCAUAUAUUGAGACUUAUGACUAAUUUCUUUGUUAAAGAUUGCUUUGAAAAAGUACCAAACUAA